AUGAGUGUCAGAGGAAUAAACCAAGUGCUCAAAGUGAUCUCCAGCAGCAUAAAACAAAAUCCUUCCAGGUUCUCAAUUGUCUCUGGGAACCAAUCUGGUGACCUUGAUUCAAUCGUAUCAGCUAUAUCAUAUGCUUAUUUCAAUCAUAUUCAUAAUUCAUCCAGCUUGAUGAUUCCUUUAUUGAAUUUUACAAGAAAAGAAUUAAGUUCAAGAAAAGAUGUAUUGUUAGUUUUCCAAAAACAUGGAAUCGAUACACAGAAUUUAUUCUUUACAGAUGAUUUAACCCAAUUGAAAAAUGUAGACCAAUUGAUAUUAGUUGAUCACAAUUCUCCUCAAGGGAAAGUAAAGAAUCCUGGAUUGGAAAUUGUGGGAAUAAUUGAUCAUCAUGAAGAUGAAGGAAUUGCAAUUGAUGCAAAACCAAGAAUCAUACAAAAAUCUGGUAGUUGUUCAUCACUUGUCUUCAAAUAUUGGUAUGAUUUAAUAGGUGAUUCAAAUAAAAUUGAAGAUUCAAUUAUCAAGUUUUUAUUAGCACCUUUAGUUAUUGAUACUUCUAACCUAACUUCAAAAGUUGAAGAUAUUGAUGUCCAAGUUUUCAAAAUUUAUUCCAAAUAUUUACAUGAUUUUGAUACUGGUGCUUUCUAUAAAGAUGUUAGAAAGGCGAAAGAUGAUAUCGAAGGAUUAUCAUUAGAUGAUAUUUUCUUGAAAGAUUAUAAAUCUUUCGAAUUUGAAGUUGGAUCAAGUGAUGUUGUUAAAAAAGUUGGUAUUACUUCAGUUGUUAAACCUUUUGAUUGGUUAGAGGAUAGAUUUGCAAAGUUAAAUCAAGGUGCAAAGAUGUUUUUGGAAGAUCAACAUUUGGAUAUUUUCAUAAUAAUGACUUCUUACCUAAACAAAGAUGAUCAAUUCAAUAGACAACUGGGUAUAAUAGGUGCAAGUGAGUCAGAUGAUGUGUUGAUAAAUUUGGCUUUAGAGGCUGUCAAGGAUCAAUUGGAGAUUGAAACCUUGCCAAAAUAUACUGAGGAAUCUCCAAAAUUGCAGGUAUUUCAACAAAAAAAUUUGGCUUCUAGUAGAAAGCAGGUUGCUCCAGCGUUCAAGAACGCACUUGAGAGAUUAUAA